AUGAGAGAAGCUGUUACGAAGUUGAGCAGCGCGGGGCUUGUUUUUAGUCAUUUUGGAGAACGCAUUUUGAGAGAAAGAUUCGGCGUGGAGUGCGAGGAGAGUCUGCGGCAGCUGAUGUACGGGGUGUACGUACACCUCAUCGAAGCUGUAGAUGCAGCAGAUAAUGGAGUUGGCAUUUCCCGAGGGGGGCCCCCCCUUUAUAAGGAAACUACAGGACUGGCAAGUAGGGUAGCAUCUCUGUACCCUUAUAAGUUUGAGGCCCCUGGGGGCCCCCAGGGGGCCCCCCAGGGGGCCCCCGGGGGGGGGGCCCCCCAGGGGGGGGCCCCCCAGGGGGGCCCCCAGGAGGGGGCCCCCAAGGCGGACGGGGGGGCCCCCCAGGGGGCUGCUGCUGCAGCAGAAGGGGGCCCCCAAGGCAAGGGGGCCCCCGAGGGGGCCCCCGGGGGGGCCCCCGGGGGGGCCCCCGGGGAUGCUUCUUUGGGGCCCCUGGGGCCCCUGUACGUGUGGGAGUACCAGGAGAGCGUUGCUGCUGCUGCGCUGCAGCAGCAGCAGCGGGAGCUGUUUGCUGCUGCAGCAGCAGCAGCAGGAAGGGGCUGGGAGUGCCCCUUUAACUGGCUGGAAGUGCCCAUUUGGGGGGGCUCAGCAGCAGAAGUUUGGGGGUUUAGAAAAGCCAUUAAAGCAGCAGAUGAAACCCUCAAAGAAACUGUUAUCCGCUUAAUUAGGGUUUGGAUGCCAGCAAGGAAAACCCUCAAAGACGCGCUGCUGCUGCGCGCUGCGGGCUGCUACAGUGCUGCUGCAGUCGAGCUCCCCAGGUGGACUCCAGUGGAGGACCACAUUUACAGCCUGGAGUGGGAGUUGGGUUUGGAGCCUGUGAAGUUUCAGGUGUAUCCGUCGGAGCGUUGCUGCGAAGCCACGGGGUGUACGUACACCUCGUGGACUGUGCGCUGCAUUCCGAAAGAAGGCGAAAACUUCAGCAGCAGAUUGCCAUUAAAAGAGUCUUUUCGGGGCCUCAGAGACGCGCAGCUGGGCCAAGUUGUGCUGCAGGAAGCAGCAGCAGCAGCAGCAGCAGCAGCAGCAGCGCCUGCUGCUGCAGCAGCAGCUCCUGCUGCUGCAGCAGCAGAAAACGAGGCUUUGAAAGAAACCGAUUUCGUGUUUUGCCACGCCACGGGCUUUCUCGGAAUCACCAAGACAAGAUCAAGUUUUUCGGAGGCGAAUGAGCAGCAGCAGCAGCAGCAGCAGCAACAGCAGCAGCAGCAGCAGCAGCAGCAGCAGCAGCUGCUGCUGCUGCUGCUGCUGCCAGAGCAGCAGCAGCGGUAG